AUGUCUGAUGAAAUCGAUUCUUCACAUUGUCAAUCAGCUGAUGUUCAUAAUGUAUUUCAAUCAACAUCAGCAACGUCUAAUGAUCCUUAUCAUAAAAGUAUUUGUGGUUCAAUUUUAUGUCAUUUACCAACAAAUUCUCCAUCAGAAAUAUUUUCUUAUCUACUUCAUGGAAAAUUUGAUACAUUUCGUCGAUCUCUUGAUAUUCAUCAUAAAGAUAUAAUUCAAAUGAAAAAUGAAGAUGAACAAACUGUUUUACAUAUUUUAACGAUACGUAACUAUCCAUAUGCAUGGAUACGUUUAUUGUUGAUGUUUGGAUGUAACCCAUGUUAUCAAGAUAUUGAUGGAUAUACAGCUGCACAUUAUGCAGUAGAACGAGAUGACAUUGAAAUGCUUAAAGCUUUAACAAUGUGUAUUCAUUCUCAAGUAAAAAUCUUUUCAGAAGAACAAACAAAUGCUAUACAUCAACGUUGUUUACGAGCUUUAUCAAUACGAGAAAAACAAGGUUUAACAGUAUUUAUGCUUGCUUGUCAUCAUGAAUCGAUCAAAUGUCUUGAUUAUUUACUUGAACUUAAUAUUAAUGAUGCAAAUUUACAAGAUAAUUUUGGUGAUACAUGUUUACAUUAUGCUGUUGCUCGUCGAAAUGAAAAUCUUGUUAUUAAAUUACUUGAUAAAUGUAAUGCUAAUAUAAAUGGUGGUGAUAAUACACGACCAAGUGUACUUGAUGUUCUACAAUAUAAUCGUGAACAACGAAAACCAUUUGAUAGAACACAAGACGAUUCAAUUGAACAAAUACUUUUAUCACAUAAGGCUUUAAUUCGUUGUCAAAUACGACGUAUUGUUCAAAAACGUAAACAUUCAAUAGAUAAUGAUGAAUUAGUUAAACCUAGUUUAACUUCUCGUACAGUUGAUUCAUCAACAAAUUCACAAAUAGAAACAGCAAGAAAUUAUGCUCGAAUUGCACUAUCAUUACAAAACCAAAGUAACCUUAAUGGUGCUCAAGAAUAUUAUAAACAUGCAAUGAAUUCUAUACCAAAUAAUAUACUUGAUUGGGCAGACUAUGCAUUUAAUCUUGCUAUUAUACAUACAGUUCAUAGAGAAAAUCAAGCAGCACUUGAUUUAUUAGAACAAGCAUUAACAGUACGAAAACAAUUUGAAAAUGAAACAGAAGAUAUUGAGAAAAUUCAACGUGCUAUCAACAAUAUUCAAAAAAACAUGAUUAAUAUAAAAUAG